UUUUUUCUAUAAAUUAAGAGAAGAGAUGAGCCCAAAUAUGUGCACUUUUCUCUACUGGCCUAUUCAGCAAGGUCCUACCAGCAAGAGUCGUGGUGUCAGAAACCAGAGAGUCUCCACGUCCAUUCAGCCAGCAGCAUCUUCACUCCUGAGGACCCACUCUUCUCCAGAAGACUCCAGAAGACUUCAGCAGCCUGUCCAGCAGCAGCAUGACUCCUCGGUCUCUCCUCCUGACGGUCCUGGUCCUCUCCUCCUUCUUCAAUACUACCUGGAGCACACCUAUGUGCAACAACAGGUGCUGUCGUUUCGUGGAGGACUUCCCUGUCAGGCUAAAGAAGCUCAGAGAAAACUAUUUACACAUCCGAGACUUCUAUGAGGCAAACGAUGAUCUGGACAUGGCACUUCUAGACAAGAGCGUCGAGGAAUCUUUUAAAACACCCUUUGCCUGCCACACCAUCAACAGCAUACUGGAGUUUUAUCUGGGCACGAUUCUGCCGACAGCCAUGGCAGAAGUGACAAACGACAUCAGGGACUUAAAGCCUCACAUGGAGUCCAUACAGCAGAUCUUCGACCAGCUCAACACUGAUGUCACCAAUUGUAGACAUUACUUCUCCUGUGAGAAACAGUUUGACAUACAAACCGUGAACUCUACUUACACUCAGAUGGAGAAUAAAGGUCUAUAUAAGGCCAUGGGUGAGCUGGAUCUGCUGUUUAACUACAUUGAGACAUAUCUGGCCUCUAAACGGCAAAGAAACUAGGUGGGCUCCGUUUGAAGGCAUGCAGAACUGAACCAAAUGUGACUUUGUUCUCAGGGAAAAAGAAAAGAGUCAGUAAGCCUUGCACUCUUCAGUAUUCGUUCCAUUGUUUUCAGUGGUAUGGCUGUUGCCAGAUGUUGAUAUUGUUUUAAGGGCUUUCUCAACUGAUGUCUUUGUUCUUCUGAGACUUCUGUUUACUUUUUUUGUCCCGAGGACAAGUUUACAGACCAUAUUGCGUCCAACACGUGUAAAGUAAUGAGCCAAAUUGUCACUUGUGAAGCUGUGAUAUUUAUUUUCUACCAUAUAAUAUGUAUUUAUUAUCACUAAUUUGUAUUGCUAGAUGAAUAAAUGAUUAUUGACA